AUGUCCUCAGCAUCUUUGGACCCAAGCCAGGUUCCGGUCUUAACGCCUCCAGCUGGCGUGAUUCCCAAUUUCAUCGAUGCAGACACACGCGCCCCUCUAGUGAGGUCGAUCGCUUGUGUGGCUCUCGCUGUCAUGCUAGUCUUCAUGACCUUGCGUAUAUAUACACGGUUGAAAGUUAUAGGCUCUUUCGACUCCGAUGAUUAUCUCUGUGUGGCAGCUGCGGCUGCUGUCAUUGCCUACACUGGUAUCAUACUUUCGACCAUCACGGACACACUUGGACGCCACCUAUGGAAUGUGCCUAUGACUGCUAUUACUCUGGAGUACGUCACUGGGUCGCUCCUUUCAUUCAUCAUGUACUCGAUAGCCGCGGUCUUCGUCAAGACUACACUUCUGGUUUUCUAUCUACGAGUCUUUCGUCCGAGUUCUAGAGCCAAUAUUCUAGCCUGGAGCGGCAUUGUGGCCAUCGCCCUCUUCCACUUGAUUAGCAUCGUCAUCUUAUUGGUCAAUUGCAUUCCGAUGGAUCAGCAGCUGCCUGGCUCAGACCCAGCCAAAUGGGCGGACAAAAAGAACAAUCGCUGCGGUCAACCAAACCUCGAUAUAUCAGCAGCUCAGGCGGCUUUCAGUGCUGUCACUGAUCUCUACGUCCUUGCUAUUCCAAUUAGCUCCGUGCUCGCUCUCCAACUACAAACAAAGAAGAAGCUUGGAGUUUUGGCCAUAUUCCUUACAGGUCUCUUUGCAUAUAUCCGUUUCGCAUGGCAAAAGAGUGGCAAGGGAGACUACACGUGGGAUAACACUCUGCCUUAUGUUUUCGGCACCACAUUCAGACCGGAGCUGACCACCUUUGAUAAGUUGACCUCAUUGGGCAAGGACUCUCAUUCCCAGCCUCAACAGUACUACCAGAUAACCUCUCGUGCUGAUCACUCAGACCCUUCCUCCAUGUACUAG